ACAAGUUCAACCAAUAAGAAAAAUGUAAAAUUUUUCCAGUUGUUUUUUUUAAUUAAAAAUGCAGUGAAUUUCCAUGGUGACAAAAUCUAACAAAUGUUCAAUAGUGUUGGUGUAGAGUUUAAGGUAAGUGCAUACAAGAAAUGUUUUGUUUAAAUUGUAUUUCUUCACCAGAAUACUUCAACUAAGUUAUUGCUCUGCUGAUAUCAGUUGACUGACUUGUUUAAACUUAUCCUCAAAGUACACACAACAAAAUAUCCAUGUAAUGUGCUGGAUGUUUACACUCUGAUAAUUGAUAUAUCUAACAUUUAAAAAAUUUUACCACCAAAUCUAUACUGUUUUUAUGUCAGCAGUCCUUCAUAAAAUUUAAGAACAACAACAUGAUGUAAAAGGAACAACAUAAUAUCAAAGGAAACUUAACAGUAAAUUAUGACCAUCCAAAGGUAUACAUAGAAAUUUUUCUUAAAUUUAAUAUAAUUUUAAAGUGACAAUGCUUAUAGCUAGGGCGACGAACAAGAUACUGAAGAGUUAAAAAUAAUCAAGCCCAAAUUACCAGCCAAGGGUCAUUCCUUCAUUGUAACAAGAAUUUACACAUUUGGCGAUAAUGUUAUUUAGAAACUAACAAAUACUUUUGGAGUAAAAAAAAAUAUCAUAAUUAUGCUAUUCAGAAGGAGCUCCUCGACUAAUAAUCAUUUGCUUAAUAACUUAUGCAUUAAAAGUAGAGAAAUGAAAAAUGUAUCUUUCAUUUUUUUCUUGUCAGUUGUAUCAUGUCCUCAAGAAGCUAUUGUCACUCAAAUAGUGAAGUCUCUGGUAACAAAUCUGCAGCAAACAUUAAUUCUUACACUAGGACAUCAUACUGUGAUAGCUGGUGCAGUGAGAAACGAAACAAGCAAAGAAAACUGGCCAAUAGGAGUCCUGCCUCAAGGGGAUACCCUGCAGAGUGUAUAGGUAUUUAUCUCUCAAUGCUGUGACUGGUCAAUUUUACGGGUAUUUUUUUGCCAACACCCUUGAUGAUUCCUAUAAUCAUAUAAACCUUAACUACGGUGGAGCCCUCCCUUACAGUCACCUCCUUAUUUUGGCCAAUUGCGAAAUGUACGCACAUUUGUUUAUAACAAAACCCUGUUAAUGCAGUCACUCCGUUAAUACAGCAAACGGCCUCAUUCUGAAAUCCCAACCUGUAUAAUGCUUUAUAAUUUGACCCCGCUUAUACGGCCACUCAAACCAGUUAUGUUCACCUUUCCAUUGUUAAUGUUGUAUGUACUGAUUAAAGUUUCAAUUUUUUUAAAAUUAUAUCUGCAUUUCUUGAUGAACUGUUGUUUUUACAUUCAAUUGUGAGGUAUCUGUUAAGACUCCACUCAAUUUAGACCAGUCAUUUUGAAAGCUGACCCUACCCUAUCAAUACAGCCACCCCAUUCACAUGGCCAAAUUUUCAUGGCCCGUACCACUGUACACAGAAUUACUGUAAUUGAAUAAAUCAUGUUGUAGAAUUUGAUGAGUUUUCAACCCAAGGAGACAACAAAGCUGUCAAAUAUCGAACAGCACAUAUUCAAUGGCUCCUGGACAAUGAUGUAUACACACUUAACGGCAUGAAUGAGUGGCAGCCGGACCUGCGUCGUUGGACACCCAGUAGCAGUGCAAGAUAUCCAUUGAGGAUGAAGAUACCCAAACCACCCAUUGAUCCAGAAACACUGCCUGAGGAUUCCCAAGUUCACAUCUAUCACAGCAAAAAGGAUCAGCUAUGGGUAAAACAAUGGCUAACUGGAAUGCUGGAAACAAACAGAUAUAAUGUCACCACCAACAGAUCUAGACAGGCACCAACACAUGCUUCAAGGAUGAUCCUUAUUCUCACACCAGAGCUGUUUGAUGAGCCUUUCUGCCUUCAGAUUCUUGAUGCCAUUGAAGGAAAGACAGUGCUUGGUAUUAAACUCAGGGAUUGCACUGUUCCAGAGGAAAUUUCAAAUGAAUGCACCAGCUACAUGGACCUGACCACAACUGAUCUCAGUGAUUUGACCUUUCAUAUUACAUUCAUGUUCAGGAUAAAGAAAGUCCUUAAACUACCUGUGUCUAUUUGCUCAGCAUAAGAUCACAUCAGUUACAGACACCUCCAUAAUACUGGAUAAUAUAUUACAGUCAAACAGACAGUUUUUCUCCCCUGGUCCCAAUUAAAGAUUAACCACAAUUCAUUUAUUCUCUACCUGCAUACCAUGGACACCUCCAUAAUAUAGACACUAAUAGCUCUAUCCCCUUGGUGACUCUACUAAGGAGCCACCUGUUUUUAAAUGUCUACUUCUGCUGAGUGUUUUACUUGUAAACUGAAGGCAUUUUCAUCAUCAUCAUCAUUUAUUUGCCACAAGAAAAAAAUAUACACAGAUUUGAAAAUAAUUUGUGCAUACAUUUUGAUGUUCUGUAGCCAUGAGUCCCCCAGGGGAUUAAUUGAUGCCAUCCUGAAGCUCCAUCUUCCUGUGCAUUUUAAGGGACAUGCUUGUUCAUGGUCAGAAUGUGUCCAUUUGCAAUGCAUAAUUAUUUAUCUUAAGACUUCUGAAGUUGUUUAUAAUAACUCAGAGCAGUCUGGGAAUUUUAUUGUGUGUUAGGGAAAGUUGAUGUUUUGAAGACAGAAGGAGAAAAUGGUAAAACUGAAAUUAUUGUUGUAUUGAUUCACUGAAAUCUUAUUGCACAUAAAUAAAUGGAUGGAAAAGCCACAGGCUACUAUUAUAUUAAUAUGUCAGUUUACAUUUAUUUGGUCAUGGAAAUUACAUUCAUCUGAAGGCAUGAGUGAGGGGAAUUUUAGACACUGAUUUCUGUGGCAACUAUAAUUAAGAAUAGCAGGAGGAUUGACACCCCUCAGAAACUGGUAUUGAAAGCACUGUGAGUGAAAUCAUACUACAGUGUACUGAUGCAGAUUCUAUGUACCAAUAUUCUGAGAACAUGCUGCAGCUUGAAGAAAUAACUAGAAUUUCAGACUUUCACAAAAUUAAUACUUAUAGUCCUCAUUAUCUACACUUCUACCAGACUGAGUGGAGAACUAAACGAUUUCCUUUUUUUUU